GCAAUUACCUGUUCCACCAGAACUGAUGUGAGCGCGAGUUGUCGAGCACAUGCCACGUUGGGAGAAGGGCCAAAGCUGAACUGAACUGAACUGAACUGAACUACCUUUCUUGGCUCGUGAGGACCGUUUGCAUUUAAUCCACCUCUUUAAAAAAAAAAAAAAAAAAACUCCAGGUGGGUUUAAACAAACCUCUAAAACACACACAACCGACCGAGGACCUGAGAGACUGGCAAGGAUGCACUUGUUGUCCGCCUGCUGCGUGUGCGCCCUCCUCAUCACCACGCUCCUCAGUCGAGUCAGCGGUUUGGACACCGUUAUCGGCAUGUACGGGGAAACACUCGAGAUCCCAUGCAACAUAAAAGCAGACGACGCCAUCAUCACUAAAUGGAAAUAUGACAAAGGAGAAGGUCUUCCAGGAGACCUGCUGGUCAAGCAGACAAACCAGAAUGCCGUAAUCACAGCCACUGAUGAAUACAAGGACCGUGUGAGCAUGGCCGAGAACUCCAGCCUGCUGCUUUCUGCAGCCAGGCUGACUGACCAGCGGACUUUCACCUGCAUGGUGGUGGCUAGUGCAGACAUCACAGAAUACCCAGUUAAUGUGGUGAUCUACAAGAUGCCAGAAGGCCUGGAGAUUUCUGACAAAGCGGAAGAACUAGAGAUUGGCAAACUUACUAAGCUAGGAACAUGUGUUGCACAGGAUGCCAAUCCAGCUGCAAACAUCACGUGGUUAAAGAACAAUAAACCUCUGGUGGCUGAUGGGAAAGGGAUUUCCAUCCAAGCCUCUGUGCUGGUAGACCCUGUUACUGGCCUCUCAACCACUUCCUCCAUACUGGAGUACUCGGCCGAGAAGGAAGACACGAACGCUCAGUUCACCUGCAGCACUCAGCACACUGGGGGCGCAGAGCUGGUUUCCUCUCCAGCGACCUUCACCAUCACAUACUCCACAGAAAACAUUGUCCUUCAGGUCAUUGCUCAGGACCCCCUCGUAGAAGGAGACAAUGUGACUCUGAAGUGCGUUGCAGAUGGUAACCCAGCUCCUACCAGCUUUAACUUCCACCUUAAGGAAGAAAUGGUGAAAGUGGAAAAUGCAGACACUUACACCAUCAUGAAUGUUUCACGUGACGCCAGUGGUGAAUACAAAUGCUCCCUCAUUGACAACCCCAUGUUGGAAGCAUCUGAGGACAUCACAGUAAACUACUUAGACAUCAAUUUAAGCCCCUCUGGGAACAUCGUGAAGAGAGCUGGUGAGGCCUUAAAUCUAACUCUCCGGAUUGAUGCUUCCGGAGAACCAAAGGUCUCCUGGACAAAGGACAAUGUUAAAAUGGAUAAAGAGCCUAAGUUUAAAACGCUGAGUUACUCGGACUCCGGUCGGUACGAGUGCGAGGUGGCAAUGGGGCUCCUCAGCCGAAAAGCUUCUGUUGAGCUGCUUGUUGAAGGUGCUCCAGUCAUCAAACAGCUGUUCAAACGCCGCGGUGAAGAUGGCCAACAUAAAGUCUUGAUUUGUGAGGCUGAAGGUUCCCCAAAGCCAGCUGUUACCUGGAGCAUCAAUGGCACCUCGCCUGAUGAGAGUCCCUUCGUCAAUGGAAAGAUCACACACAAGAUCACAGUUGUGCCUUCUGCAAAUCUAACUGUCUCUUGUACAGUGACCAAUGAGUUUGGCAUGGACACCAGAGCUAUAAACGUGUCAUCCUUAUUUGUGGAGGUGAGAAUGGAUAAACAAGACCAGUCGGAGGAUAGUGACCAAACCAAGUUGGUAGUUGGAGUUGUGGUCGGUCUCCUCAUCGCCACUAUGAUUAUAGGCCUGGCAUACUGGGUCUACAUGAAGAAGUCCAAGCAAGGCAGCUGGAAGACCGGUGAAAAGGAGAACGGGUCUUCUGAGGAGGAGAAAAAACUGGAGGAGAAAGUGGAGGAGAACAGCCAAAAAGCUGAGGUGUAAAGAAACGGCAAACAUCCUUUGGGAAUGUGAAAGUGAGAACAUGGAACUUUUGCACAUUUCUCUCCACCUCUGUCUUUGGGAAAAAAAAAAAAAAAAAAAAAAGCGUGUACAUUGGGAUGAAGAUGGUUUGGAUGGAUUUGGUUUCAGGGAGAAUUUUACUAAACAGCAUAUCCAAACACCCCCCGAGCCCCUCGACCUCUCACCCCGCCAUUCCUAAAAAAAAAAAAGAAGAAAAAAAAAAAAAGAAAUGAAUGGAUACUGUAUGUGAUAUACAUAACUCUUCUGCACUACUGAUACAUGUGUAAACUUGUCUACUAUUAGGGUUCAUGUUAGUUAGAAUGCAUUUUGGGAAACUGAGAAAAUUCAAGUCUUUUUGGUUUUGUUAGUUGACGCAGGUAAAAUUACUACUAGACCAGUUUGCCUUCGCUGUUAAGGAUGUGUAGGCCUGCAUUAGUCUAUCUUUGACUCGAGGGACAUCAUCACCAUCACGUCUUAGUUUCACAGUCAUCACAGUCAAACAACCUCUGCCUUCAAUAUGGGUGUGCUAAAUCUGUUCAUACCUGAAUUUUUGUUUCAGUUUGUUCGUUCAGCCAUGAAUAAAAUAUUGAAAUCGAGAUGAAAUUCCUAAAAGGGCUAAGGGUAUAUUGUAAUACUCGGUAUUAGUUAUAGAUGGAAAUAUGAUUACAUGUUGCAUUGCAGGAAAUAGGUGAUGUGAGUUUCUUUGGUGUUACAUGCUUUUCUUGUUCUUUGAUCGUGUGUACCUCCUGGAGAGAAAAAAUUAAAUUUUUUUGCUCUCUCUCUCUUUUUUUGAAAAAAAAUGUACUGUACAUUCAACAUAACCACUGUAUUUCACAAGCACGUAGAUUAUUGAGAGAAUGUAUGUGCAUAAUUCAACUCAUUUUACUGGCUUUAGUUUGGCUGCACAGAUUGUUUUACGUAAACCUGUUUUCAUGCUUUUCCCCAAGAGAAUGUGUUUGAGCCUGUAGUAAUGAAAGGAUACUUUAGUUUACCUGUCAGGGGUUGUAAUUGAAUUCUCAAUUUGUGCUCCAUCAGAGUUGAGGUAUGCUUGUUUAUCAUCUAGCCAUGGCAGAAUUUUGUAAUCGAGGACACAGAGUGGACAGGACGUUUGUCUGAAAGUAGUCGUUAUGAUAUGUUUGCCUUCUAUUGCAAAUCUACCUGUAAUUGCUUCAGUUUGUGAUGUGCACUAGGGUUCUUUUUUUUUUUCAUGUCAAAUUUGUGUAGAAUACGACGGAAUACACGCAGCUGUACAUGUCACAAUUUUGGUCUUUUAUGAGCAUUUCCUGAAUCUGAAAAUGUAUCAAGACCAGGAUGUAAUUGUGAAAUAUGUGGUUUUAAUUUUCUUUUUGCUAUUUAUAUUGAACAAGAAUAAAUGUCCUGGUAGGCAAAUUCAAUAAUUGACACAGAAUUCACAUCUUGGAUUUAAACCAUAGAUAAAUUGCUUGCAGACUUUACAAAAAUGUAAUUAAGUUCUGAGUCAUCAGUGGGUUGUUCAGCGUCUGGUUGAAUAAUAGAUUCAGCAUGUUGUAAUCUCAGACCUCCAAGCUGCUGUCUACCUUAUGUAAAACCAUCAAAUUGGAAGAAUGACCAAAGAAAGUGAACGUUGCCAUGCAAGUAUUGUAAAUAUCUGAUGUUUGUUUUUGUACUUUUGUUUAAAAUAAAGUGUACAUUUGGAAAAGUUA